GCCCGCUGUAAACAUACAAUAUGGCGGCGGCGGCGGCGGCUCCGGGCGCUCUGGGCGCCUUGAGUGCGGGUCGCGUCCGCCUGGUGGCCGCGUGCUGCGCGCGGCUAGGCUCUGCGGCAUGGGCUAGGGGUACCGCCCCGAGGAGGGGCUACAGCUCUGAGGUGAAAACCGAGGAUGAGCUGCGCGUGCGGCACCUGGAGGAGGAGAACCGAGGCAUUGUGGUGCUUGGAAUUAACAGAGCUUAUGGGAAAAAUUCACUCAGUAAAAAUCUUCUCAAAAUGUUAUCAAAAGCGGUGGACGCAUUAAAAUCGGAUAAGAAAGUUCGGACCAUUAUCAUCAGAAGCGAAGUCCCUGGGAUAUUCUGUGCUGGCGCUGACCUUAAGGAAAGAGCCAAGAUGCAUUCCAGUGAAGUCGGUCCCUUUGUCUCCAAGAUCCGAGCAGUGAUCAAUGACAUCGCUAACCUUCCUGUGCCCACCAUCGCUGCCAUAGAUGGCCUGGCCCUAGGAGGGGGCCUGGAGCUGGCUUUAGCGUGUGACAUUCGAGUAGCAGCUUCCUCUGCAAAAAUGGGCCUGGUGGAAACGAAGUUGGCGAUUAUCCCUGGUGGAGGAGGGACACAGAGAUUACCACGUGCCAUCGGGAUGUCCCUGGCAAAGGAGCUCAUCUUCUCUGCACGCGUUCUUGACGGUCAGGAGGCCAAAGCCGUGGGCUUGAUCAGCCACGUGUUAGAACAGAACCAGGAAGGGGAUGCUGCCUACAGGAAGGCGCUGGACCUGGCGAGAGAGUUUCUACCUCAGGGGCCUGUUGCCAUGAGAGUGGCCAAACUAGCAAUUAACCAAGGCAUGGAGGUCGACUUAGUGACAGGGUUAGCCAUAGAAGAAGCCUGCUAUGCUCAGACCAUCUCAACGAAGGACAGACUGGAAGGUCUUCUUGCUUUCAAGGAGAAAAGACCCCCUCGCUACAAGGGAGAGUAGGGGGAGAGCCCGCGACGCCCUCCCUGGAGUGCCGGAAGUGUUUCAGAGCCGCCCCCCGCUGCCACGGGGAAUCUCGAUGACCAAAGUGGAGAGUGGGUUCUCACUACGCCUGGAGCAGGCCCGUCUAUACUCAAGCCACUGUGCGCCAUGUCCUAUUUAUUCAGAUUUAUAAAGCUAGCCAUGUCCGCAGUCAGAACACAUAAAAAUUAGGUGUAUGUUUUUAAUAUUUCCCGCAUAUCAGGCUUUGUCGUUAAUUUUUUAAUGUGAAUAAUUUAUAUUGCACACUCUAGGGAAUAAUCGAUUGUAUGUCUACUGUGCUGCAUUAAGAAAAUAAAACUAUUUCUGUAUCCCAAAAA